GCAUCCUCCGAUGGCGGUGGGCGAAGAAAGCACGAGACUUUCGACGCGGGUCGCGUGACAUAUGUUCAGCCGUGUACGCGACCGCGGCAUCCUGCAUUUCGUCGGAGGCCCCGCCUGGCGGAGCUGCUGCUGCUGCUGCUGCUGCUGCGUCGUCACUUCCACCCCCGCAAGAAACGAGAAACGUGGACGAAAGCGUCGCCUCGUUUCCCUUCUUUCGUUUUCUGCUUUGCGUCAAAGAUCGCGUUUUUAAUCGGGAGGAUCGCCGCAGGUUUCAUUCCUGGUUUUCGGACACGAAAGCGAAAACGGUGGGACUCCGAGAGAAUUACGCGAUACACGCGCGUUGCGACGUGGGUCUUUGUCGACGGAGAAGACGUGGAAGGAUCGAAGCUUCUCUCUUUCCUUUUCCUUUGCCAAGUUCUCCCCCUACGCGAAUUCACUCGGCCAGCUUUCUGUUGCUCUUUUGGAUGGCACGAGCAGAUGCGGACAAAGAGCGCUCGAAAUCGACGUGGCCCGCCUUGAGUAAUCCGCCGAAUUGAAUGUCGAGUGCAUUUCUUUCCCACUUCUCAAUCUUUGUUUUUUCCUCGUUCCCUGAACAGUUUGGUUCGGUGGGGUUGACCCAAAGGAGGGUGACGAAUACCGUGUUCCCAAAGCUGGGUCUUGUUUUGCAUGUUUUUUUAUUUAUCUUCCCCGCGGUUCUUGAAGUCAUAAACCCUGUCAAAUCGAGAACCUUUUAGGAGGGAUCUAGAGUAAUUGCGUAGGAACGCGGGUGUUCAAUUCAACCUGUGUUCCUUAUCAGCCCUGAGCGUUGAGCUAAACUCAGCUUAUAGAGAGGAGGAGAUGGGGGAGACCUCUGAAGGGAUGACUGAUGAUGUCUACUCAAAUGGGUCGAUUCAGAGUAGCAAUGGGUCUCUCGAAGAAAAGCUGGAUGAGCUCCGUUGCCUCAUGGGAAAAUCAGAAGGUGAUCCGCUCAGGAUCGUUGGUGUCGGAGCUGGUGCUUGGGGCAGUGUUUUUGCAGCUAUGUUGCAAGAUAGUUAUGGUCACUUGAGGGAGAAAGUUCUGAUUCGUAUUUGGAGGAGACCCGGAAGAUCAGUCGACAAGGCCACGGCCGAGCAUUUGUUUGAAGUGAUCAAUUCGAGGGAGGAAGUGUUGAGGCGGCUCAUUAGGAGGUGCGCAUACUUGAAGUAUGUCGAGGCGAGAUUAGGUGAUAGGACGUUGUUUGCAGAUGAGAUUUUGAAAGAUGGGUUCUGCUUGAACAUGAUCGACACCCCUCUUUGCCCUCUGAAGGUCGUCACCAAUUUGCAGGAGGCUGUGUGGGAUGCCGACAUUGUAGUGAAUGGGUUGCCUUCAACAGAGACCCUCCAGGUGUUUGAGGAAAUUAGUAGGUAUUGGAAAGAAAGGAUUACAAUGCCUGUUAUCAUAUCAUUGGCAAAGGGUGUGGAGGCAGAGUUGGGGACUGAGCCCCGCAUAAUUACUCCCACCCAAAUGAUUUAUCGAGCGACUGGAGUGCCACUAGAGAACAUUUUAUACCUCGGAGGACCAAAUAUUGCCUCUGAGAUAUACAACAAGGAGUAUGCCAAUGCUCGAAUAUGUGGAUCUGCAAAGUGGAGGAAGCCUUUAGCAAAGUUUUUGAGGCAGCCCCACUUUACAGUGUGGGACAAUGGAGACCUUGUUACUCAUGAAGUUAUGGGUGGUUUAAAGAAUGUUUAUGCCAUUGGAGCAGGUAUGGUUGCAGAUCUGACAAAGGAAAGUGCCACCAGCAAAGCAGUAUAUUUUGCACAUUGUACGUCAGAGAUGAUAUUCAUCACACAUCUGUUGGCAGAGAACCCUGAGAAACUUGCAGGCCCUCUACUGGCAGACACAUACGUAACUUUGCUGAAGGGUCGUAAUGCAUGGUAUGGACAAAAGCUAGCUGGUGGGGAAGUGAACCUUGACAUGGGUGAUAAUAUCAAGGGGAAGGGGAUGAUUCAGGGAGUCUCGGCCGUGAAAGCCUUUUACGAGCUGCUGAGCCAGUCAUGCUUGAGUGUACUGCAUCCCGAAGAAAAUAAACCAGUGGCUCCUGCGGAACUGUGCCCAAUCUUGAAGAAGCUAUACAAAAUUCUUAUUCUGAGGGAUUUCCCACCGGAUGCUAUUCUUCAGGCAAUGAGAGAAGAAUCUAUGAAUGAUCCUCGAGAUCGCAUCGAGAUAGCUCAAUCCCACGCGUUCUACAGGCCAUCGCUCCUCGGGCAACAGCCUUGAUAAGAUGCGCUUCCAUCUGCAUGAAGUUGCAGUCAUUUUUGGUCCUGGACUGAACAAUCGAUGUGAAGUGGACGGUCCAUUGUUGCUUGUAUUUUUCUGAAAUGGUGUUCAUUGGGAAUGUGUCCGGUGUCGACUGGGAUAUGUUACUCGUGUACUAACUCGUCUCUAAAAUUGGUGGUUUGCGAGUCAUGAUGCAUCUAUUGCUUGUUAGACUUUUAGGCUUGUUCUGGGGGAAGUUAAGAAAGUAGCCCGGUUGGCAAGGUAGGUUAGGAAUUGUACAGUCAUUAUCAACUUUGUCAGAUCGAAAGCUUUUUUGAUCAAAGAGCGGAAUCAAAUUGAAAGGCUGCACCAGCUUUUUCCA